AAAAUUAAAAAACGGCAUGAAGAGCCUAUUGUUAUUGUUAUUUGUUGGUGUAUUGUGUUAGAAUGAAGUUGACACAGUAGAAAAAUUGUUGGCUGACCUAAAAGGAGCAUCAGCAGUUGAACUUACAGCACUCAAUACAGAUUACACAGUUUCCAAAAAUGUAUUGAAUGUUUAUACACCUUUUAGCUGAAAGAGAAUAUCAUUUUUAAUUUGGGCAAAGCCAUUUAAGAAUAAAACUUUUUAUGCGCAAGUCGAGAUAAAUCAGUUUCUGAUAGGGAAUCUGACAUUGAUAAAACCAAUAAAUUCAUUGCUUAUUUAUAAAGAAGACUUGUUGAGAAUGCAAAAAGAGUGGAAACUCUUGAUAAUAAUAGGUAGUAGAUAGAAAUAUAAAAUAGAUGCACACAUUCAUCCAAUUAUAUUGAAAGAGUUAAAAAUGAUAAUAUGACAUUAAGACUUAUAAUAUUUUUGAGAAAUUCUCUAUAAAACUUAGAUAACAAUUAAUUAAAUAGAUAUGGAGCAUAUGUUGAGAAAUUCUUAACAAUGUAUAAGUCAGCAAAAAUGUCAGAGCUGGUUGAAUUGGCUCAUGAGUUUGCUGAUACAAUGUUCAUAGAUUGGACUUAAGUAACACCAUCUUCAUAAGGAAAUAUUAAUACAGUUAAAGGGUAAUUGAUUGAAAUGCUUAAUGAUAUGGAGAGAUAUAUCAGAGAAUAAAUAAAGAAUUCUUAAAAUUUAGAAAUUACUACUGGAGUCACAUUAGCUGAUUUCAAGGGAGCAAUUGAUAUAGAAAAUGAAUAAAUCAAUUAUGACCUUUCAUCUGAAGAGAAGAAUCUCAUUAAACUAUAAGAAUAAUUAGUCUAAGCUAGAUUAGCUGCAGUUAAUUGUAGAGAAAGAGGUGUAGCUAUACAAUAAUAGUAAUAAAGAGCAAUUGAAGUAAUACUUAAUAUAAUAUAUAUAAAGGACUUAAAAAUUGAAGAAGUCUAAUAUAAUAAAAAUAAAGCUAGAUUACAAGAGGAACUUAAUUUAUUCACUGAUGUCUACAGAAUCUAUUCCACUUAAGUUGGAACAUCUGAAGACAAAUUCAAAUAAAGAGUCGAUGAUUAUGUAAAUGACAGAGUAAUCACUUUAUUAUAUGUUAGUAAGUACAAUCAUAUGAGAGAUCAGAAUAUUCAUUAAGUGAUGCUGUAAGGAAAUAAGUCUAACAUGAAUGAUUUAUCAAUUCAAUUUAAUAAUAUAAUACAC